GUCAUACUAUACUCGUCAAGUCAAAGACGUCAAACCGCCAUUGAAUUAUUUCGUCUAGUUUAUUUGUUUUAUUCUUGUAUUGUGUUAUCAAACAUUAGGAGAAACAUUUUAUCAACACGAUGGUGUUUAUGUGCGUGAUAUGUAUGGUGAAAGAGCCGCCCUUGGUGCCUCUGAGCUAUGAACACAGGCAGCUACUCGAAGUGAUUGUGUCUCCAGUUAUAAACACAAGUGACCUCAAAGGCUAUGAAUGGCUGUACUGUGUUGACUGCAAGAUGUUGAUGCAGUCGGUGCACAACUUCCAGCAGUCUGCUCGCAAGGGCGUGAAGGCUUUUAAAUAUAUGCUCAGUAAACUCAACAAGCAGACUGCUACGCAAAAUGUUGCUUUUGAACUGAUUUCAGAAGCAAAACAGGACCCAAUCGCCAUCAAGACUGAACCUGAAACUGACCUGCCUUCGGUCGACCAGAAGCCUAUGGUACCUGAAGAGGAUAAAACUCUACAUGAAGAAGUGGACAUAAAAAUGGAAAAUGACAUGGAACCAGAAGUAGAUUAUAGUUCAGAUUCUACCAUAACAUGUUAUGGUGACAGUCACCUAGACCAGGCGUUGAAAGAAUCCACAGAUCCGUUAGAAUCAAAUCCUUCACCGUCGAAAAAUAUUAAGAUUACCUCAGGACCUGUUUCGCAGAAAAUUUUAAAGAAAAUUGUUGUGGUGCCCCAAAGUGCCAAUAGCCAAGUUAAAGUGAUAAAAAAGCCGGACCCGGAAGAACAAAUAUCAAAAUUUAUAAUAGCAUUGAAACCGCAGGCACCAAAAAAUGUACAGUUAACAGAAAAUGUACAGUUCGCAGAAAUUGUACGGCCAGAUGAAAAUGUACAGUUAGUUAAAAAUAUGCAGUUAAUAAAAAAAUUACAGCUAGCAAAAAAUGUGCAAAUAGUCAAAAAUGUUCAGCUAGCAAAAACUGUACAGUCAGUUAAAAAUGUACAGUUAGUAAAAAGAUUACAGCCAGCAAGAAAUGUACACUUGGCAAAAAUAUUACAGCAAGCAAAAAAACAGUUAGCAGAAAAUGUACAAACAGCAAGAAAUGUGCAGCUAGCAACAACUGUACAGCCAGUAAAAAAUGUACAGUUGGCAAACAAAAUACAGCCAGCAAAAAAUGUGCACUUGGCAAAAAUAUUACAGCAAGCAAAAAAGCAGUUAGCAGAAAAUGUGCAGACAGCUAAAAAUAUCCAGACGGCAAAAAAUUUACGGCCAGCAAAAAAUGUACACUUUGCAAAAAUAUUACAGCAAGCAAAAAACCAGUUACCAGAAAAAGUACAAACAGCAAAACAAUUACAACUGGCAAAAAACUCACAGCCAGCAAAUGAGCAAUUAGUGGACAACGAACAGUUAGCAAAAAAUAUCUUUCUGGAAUCCUGGAGUUGGGUCUCUCCGCAAACUCGAAAAGCCAUCACCUUGAAUACGCCACCACCUUGA